CCGCAUCUGCCGCAGAAGAAGAUGGGCCGCUGACAAGAGAAGAAGCCCUGUGGCUAUCCCGAGCUAGCAAAGUAACGUUACUCGGGUGUAUAUUUAUUUUUAUUUGUGUUGCCGAGCAGCUGAAGGCGGAUUGUUGUGUUGUUGUCGUGUGCUUUGUGCUUCGUUCAGGGCCUCAUCCAAAAUGAUCCUCACCGUGAAACCGCUCCAAGGAAAAGAGUGCAGCGUACAGGUGACUGAAGACGAAAAGGUCUCCACAGUGAAGGAGCUUGUGUCCGAACGUCUCAACAUACCAGCAAACCAGCAGCGGUUGCUCUAUAAAGGGAAAGCGCUUGCAGAUGAGCACCGACUGAGUGAUUACUCCAUUGGGCCCGAGGCUAAAUUGAAUCUGGUAAUCCGUCCAGUGGGGGAGAGGACUGGAGCGUCGGGGAUGGUUGCCAGCAGCAGCAGCAGCAGCAGCACACAGGGGAGAGUUUGGCAGACUGUGUCCACUAUCCUCGCUAGACACUUUAGUCCAGCAGAUGCAGCAAAAGUCCACGAACAGCUUAUUAAGGACUACGAACGUUCACUUCGACAGCUUAGUCUCGACGACAUUGAGCGCUUGGCGGGGAGACUGCUUCACCCCGACGGCGAGGGUGUGGACACUUCAUAUAUGGACUAAGAAUGCCUAGGUGGAAGUUGCUUAUUGUGAUUGUCUUUUGAGAGAGCUGCUCAGUGCUUGAAGGUGCAUACAGUGUUUAGAGUGUGAGGGAUGGAAAACACAGUAUCAGUUUUCUCGCAGAGGGCCCCAGCUCUGUGCCUAAUCAGUGGCUGAGUGAACACAGAUAACACUGACUGUUGAUUAUCACAGCAAUAGGGCUUUCUUAUCCAUGACCAAAGCACUUGGAUAAGAAAACGUGGCCACUCUUUUAAUUGGUCCUCGUCAUUGAUGUUGCAGUCAUGACAUAAGACCUGAUCACAUAAUAUUUGAAUACAAAGGAAUCCAUUUAUGCUGUUGGUCUCGCAUGAUCUCUGGCUGCUACAACUCCCAGGGGGACACUAACUUCUUACUGGAGGGUAUUUGUGAGUAAUGUCUGUGUUGGAUGAGUGUUUUCUGUUAACCAUUCGUGAGAAGGUAAUACAUGUUUUAUUCCGUAACUAACUGAU